AUGUCUGUUGCACCGUCGCGCGCAGAUGUAGAACUAGCCCACCAGAAGCACAAGUGGCUCGAUAUCGGCACGUUUAGUGUCCGCAACCUUCGAGCAAUGAACUGGAAACGACGUAUCCUUUGGGACCUUUUGCUUAUAAGCCCCGUUCCCAUUCACAUGCUCUACAACUCGGUGGUGUUCCGGUCUAUUUCAAGGCUGGGCUAUGGCGUGAUUUUUGUACCCAACGACCUUUCUCCAUCCGAGUCGCUAGUUGAAGACGGUGUGGCCGAGUCAAAGUUCUACCAAACCAUCUGA